ACACCCCUUCCUCUGUAUGUUUAAAGUGAAACUCAGAGAAGGAAGCACAUAUUUAAAGACAGACAUUCGGAGAGAGAAGCCACACACUCGAGCAGCUGAUGUUAAGGGAUCUAUAGGUUAAGAGAUGCUCAUUAUGUUAAGGGAUCUAUAGGUUAGGUUAUAGUAACCGGGAUCAGAGAUACAGUUUGUCAGUUUAAGGUUUUACAGAACUUGUGCAGAAAACAGAACUUACAGAAGUUUUUCAAUUGUAGAGAAGGCAUUCUCCUGCUUUUUUUUUUAUCUCGGUCAGCAUGAGGGUCUUUACCUCCUACAUCUUGCUGCUCUCAGGUGUGAGCUGGGUAUGCUGUGUUCAGACAUUGAAUGGUUCUGUGGGGGAAAGUGUGGAAAUCAGUUGUGAAUAUCCUCAAGAAUAUGACCCCAUGUCUGUGUUCCUGAUGAAAAUGAGCAACAGAAAAGUUGUCAUUGAAUUAACAAAAGCACAUGAGAAAACAUAUACCAAAGGAAGAUACUCUCUCUAUCAUGACUCAGAGAGCAGAGCCAUUGCUGCAUCCAUACACAACCUGAGUAUAGAGGAUGCUGGGAUAUACAGGUGUGCAUCUGCUUCACUGUUUGAUGACGAUGAUAAAGAUUAUAGAUAUACAGAAUUCAGGCUGGAGGUGGAGCAGGCCCCUCCCACCUCCAAACCUCCACUAAUCACAGGAAGUACGUCAGCACACAGCAGCCCCACAGGUGACACACACUCAUCCAGAAACACAAGAGCACCAGAGUUGGAAUCAACAUCUGCACAUGGAAAUUCAAAUACAACACAAUCAGAUUUCCUUACAGGGCAGAAUGCAUCUCUCUAUGGAGGACUAGCAGCUGCUGUGCUGGUCGGCCUACUGGUGUUGACCAUCAUACUGAUGAAGACCAGAGCAAAGAGGAGAGAAACACCACGAUCAUCACUAAGGAACCCAAGUAAUGCUGAAGAGAACAACGGCAUCUAUGCAGAGAUACAAGACACAGACAGCAGUGCAGAUAAACUCCAAACUCCUCCGACUCCAACCAAUCAGAGGAAUCAUCAGGACAGUUCACCUGUCAUCAGCAUAUACACCACAGCCAAUCAAAAUCCAGAACAGCAUCCAGCUUCAGCCAAUCAGUUUUCUGAAACUAACACUGAACCUGAAGACAUCAACUCCCUUUUGAUCUACUCUGUUGCAACCAAUCCGAUGCAGCCUACACACAUGACAGCAGCCAAUCAGAAUUCUGAAAUUGAUGACACAUACUCUGUUGCAACCAAUCCGAUGCAGCCUACACACGUCAGCAGCCAAUCAGAAUUCUGAAAUUGAUGACACAUACUCUGUUGCAACCAAUCUGAUACUGCCUACAGACAUGUCAGCAGCCAAUCAGCCAAUUGAUGACACAUAUGCUCUGGCAACUAAUCUGAUACUGCCUACAGGCGUGCCAGCAGCCAAUUAGAAUUCUGAAAUCAAUGAUGCUCACUCUUGCCACCAAUCCGAUACAAACAUGCCAGCCUCCAAUAGGCUGAGCCUGACUGAGGUGUCUGUGCAAACCCAGCCAUAGCCAAAAAUCUCACUGAUUCCCUCAACUAUAAAACCAUGGUCAUCAGUUCAGAGCCAAUCAGCUUUGGUUAUCCAAUGGCUGGCUUCCAAAACCCCGCCUCCAUUGAGUUACCUAGGAUACUGUUCCUUGUCCCGGACGCAACUUCUUAUUUGUACUUUUACAGAUAGAGAAAUGUAAUAAUUCAUCCAUAAUUUAUGUCAUGUUAAAGUUAUCUUAGAUUUGUGUAGAUUUUCAUAGAAAAUAUCAUUGCAUAUACU